CUCUCUCUGCAGCAGCGGCCUGUGAAGCAGUCACUGAGUGCCUGUAUGUGCCGAGAGUCCCACUGGCGCUGCCUUCUCCUCUCCCUACUCAUGUACAGCUGCCUUGGCACUGUGGCUUGGUGCCAGCUCACCCGAGUCACAAAGCUCAGCUUCGACUCAUCCGUCACCUCCCUGACGGCCUCGAUUUCCUCACUCAGAGGGGUUGGCAUGGGAGGCCGCUCUAUGAUCUACCAUGACAGCCCCUGCUCUGACGGCUACGUGUACAUCCCUCUGGCUUUCCUGUUCAUGCUCUAUGUCGUCUACCUGGUAGAGUGUUGGCACUGCCGGGCUUGCAGUGAGCUACAGUGUAAAGCUGACGUGGAUAGCGUAUAUGAGCGGGUAUUGCGGAUGCGACAGGCUCGUCCGUGUGUUUGGUGGAAGGCCAUAAGUUACCAUUUUGUUCGGAGGACCAGACAGGUGACCCGCUACCGGACCGGGGAUGCCUACACCACCACCCAGGUCUACCAUGAGCGGGUCAACACACGCGUGAGGGAGGGAGAGUUUGACUACAGUCGCUGCGGUAUGCGGGACGUCUCACGGGAUCUACGUGGACUGGAGAGCCACCCGGCGACAAGACUCCGUUUCACCAAGUGCUUCAGUUUCGCUGGGGCCGGACCAGAAAAUAAUUACCUCAACCAACGUGCCAGGUUCUUCUCAGAGAUUGAGGGUUUGGAUGACUAUAUGGAGGCUCGGGAAGGGAUGCAACUGAAAAACGUGGACUUUAAAGAGCACCUGAUAGCCUACGUGGACCCUGACCGGUUGCCCUGGUAUACUUCUCAGGUGGCGUUCUGGUUCACUGCUCUGCUCAUGCUGUCCUGGCCCCUGAGGGUGCUUAUAGAGUACCGUACAGCCUUUGUGCACUACCAUGUUGAGAAGCUCUUUGGGCUGGAGUACAGCCACAGCAGCCCCUCUCCAACAGAGGAGGAGGUUCCCAUCAGGGGUGGUCUCCCUCGGGUAGAUACCGUGGACAGCACUGAGCUGGAGUGGCACAUCCGCUCCAACCACCAGUUGAUCCCCAGCUACUCAGAAGCCAUGCUGAUGAACCUGGGGGCUUCGGACUCUGGUACAGCUGAUGACACCAGGUCCUCUAACUGCUUCCUGCUAGACAGCCACCCAGCCCAGAGCUAUGGCACGCUGGUGCAGGACUGUGAGCACUGCUGCCAGCUUCAGAGCGAGGUUGGACAGAGGCGGGCCACCACCAGCUCCAGCUGUUCCUCUAUCUUCUCCCAUCAUGCCUUUCACUCCCGCCUCUCCCUGGACACCUCACACUUCUCACUGUGCCGGAUGUACGGCUCUCGGCGCACCAUAGGCCUGUGGAGGAGCCGCAGCAGCACACAGACUGACCGCUGCUGCGUGGAUGAGCAGUGUUGCCGUUCCUACUCCAGCCAGCUGGCUCUCAACGAGAGCCCACCCAGCUACCGGGACGCACGCUUCUUCCCCGUCCUCAUUGUGCACCGACCCGAGGGCUGCGGUAGUGGGGACUCCACCACAGAGGUGCGGCGCUAUUAUGUCCGCCGGGGGUCCUGCUGCCUGGAGACCUCACUCUGAGGGACCAAGAGACAUUUGACUGAUUCAGUAACAAUAUAUUCCAAAUUAUAUUGAGAGUCCAAGAGCAUAUAAAGACUGUUCUGUUGACAGCCCUGAAAUUGUGUUACACAACUGUCUGUGUUGUAUGUUCAGAUUCAUAUAAAAGGCUGCAUAGUUCAGUCUCUUGUGCACGUUGGAUCUGUAUUGGUAUUAUCUCCUGCUGCAGACAUGAUUGUGAGUCAAACUAAAAGAGCUGGAUUUGAAUGUUUGAUUCAGCGAUGACCAGCUCUCAGUGCGGUGCAUUUGGUAUUAUGUCAUCGUGAAAAGUUGCCCUUUUCUGUUAAAAAAAAAAGACAUUUGUAUUGUCUUCAUCCUGAUGGGCCACAUGUUUAUUACUGUUACCCUGUUUAGUCAUCAUUGCCAAUUUCAAAAUGCCUUCAAUGACACAUUCUGAGUGUGUUUUCACACUUGGUCCCUUUCAGCCAAUUUUUGGGAAAUCAGUGCGGUUCGCUUAAUUUUUUUUGUGCAGUGUGAACUCUCCAAAGGAACUCAGAACCCUCAAAAGAGUCCAAAGUGAACUGAACUGAGACCAUCUCGAGAUUCACUUUUUUAGGGCAAUGUGAACACAAUCUCCCCAGGUUCGCUUAUCAUUAUUCACACACCACACACUAGCCACUGCAACACCAUUUCCCAAGACAUAACCCCUCACAUUGGUGCCACAAAAGAGAUGAUGUGCAGGUUUGUGGAUAACAACGUGUGCCGUUUUUGGAUAUUGAUUAGCGAUUGUCAAGGAUGUACAGACAUUCAAAUAUGUGUGUGGAGUUUAGUUCAGAUUAUUUGUUUGCAAUAUGUGAUCUUUUGGUUAAGAGAGAGCUGUUUAUUCGAUUGUGAGGUUUGAACAUUAUGAGAAGGCAACAACAUAUUUGGUGAGAAUCACAACAUAGGACCUAGAAUUGAUUAUGUACCCAAAAAGAAGAGUAGCGUUGGGUGUACAAUUUUCAAUUACAGCCUUAUCGUCAGUUAUUCUUCUGUUAUUUAUUAUGUUACCAAUAAUAUGAACAUGUUAAUACCUUCUGAUUAUUAUUAUUAUUAUGUCUCAUCUUUUAACUAAAUUAAAUAUAUUAGCUUCCAAAAUGUAAGUAGGUGUGUCUAGCUGUCCAAUAACAUUGAUGGAAUGGCUUGUCCUGCACUUUGUAAAAACCCAGAGUGCAUUGAGUGAAUGUUGAAAACAGGAACCAAAACCUGUCUUAGCAAUGUGAAAGCAAAGACAACUCGGACCACAAAACAAGGGAAGUGAACUGGCAAAAGUGUUGAGUCCUCAUUUAAAGGCAAGGGCAAUGUGAAUACAAAGAUAACGGAGUUCUUUAGAUUAUUUUUUUUAAAUCCUAGAGUUCACUUUAAAGAGGACUGAGAUUGGUUCUUUUCAAGAGGACUAUAUGUGAAAGCACCCUAAAACAACACCAAAGUCACAGAAAAACAAACUGCCUGAUCUACAUUGAACACAAUAUUGAGAAGUUAUUUUCUUUGCUUUUGCAUGUUUCUAAUGGAACAAAAUGUAUCUGUGUCAAGUAAGUGAAAGUAGCAUACUAUGUACACUACCGUCCAAAAGUUUGGGGUAACUUAGAAAUGUCCUUGUUUUCGAAAGAAAAAGCACAA